AUGAAUAAUUUAACGAAUGAGGACAUCAAAGCCUUUGCCAAUAAGCCCCUCACAGAGCUAGUGGCACUUGCUGGAUCAUACUACAUGGAUGGAAAUGACGAAGAGGUCGUUGUUUGCUUCAAUCAUCUGGCUAAGAGGCUCGAACUCGAGGAGAAGUACACGCGCGCCCUGGACUAUGCACUCGCCGAUGCGCACCUCUCGGCAACUAUCUCCGACUAUGCUAGCAGCGCAAUAUCUCUAUCGCAGGUUGCAAACCUUCUCAACGCCCAGGAUGACGCGACUGACAGGUGUACUCUUCCUGCAUAUUAUACGUCAGUAAUGUCCAUGAAACACUUAAUGGGGCUACACUACCUGUCGCUGGACGACUCCGUUCCCCCAGUGGUCUCGGAGGACACCCUUGAGCGCUUCCUACUGUACAAAAAAAUCAAUCUUAAUUCUAUUUCUCAAAACGUUGACUAUUCGUUUUCUAUUCAUGCAAUCCUUGCACGGUUUGUAUUGGAUGGACAUGACACGUGUAUACGGCACGUUUACCACAAUCUUAAGUCAAGCCUGCUGUACUUUGAUGCUAUUAUCAAGGCAAGCAAGCGCACUGCAGGCCUGCUAGAGUCAAACAACGUGUUGCUGAAUGCAGCAGUGACACAUGUGCGUCUCUUGAUAAUGCGUUAUCGCGAUUCUGAGGAGUUUAUCAAGAAUGCGAAGAUGAUAUCUGUAAAGCUGCUCGAUAGAGACCUGAGGCCAAGCUACCACAUGGCUGUGUGCACUCACGCCUGUAUGCACUAUUCUUCACGGCUAUUUUGGAAGGGACUCCUACAAAGCAGCAUUACUUUCCCAGCGGCCAAGGAAAGGGUUCCCCUAAGUGUCAUUCUCUCAAAAUUAAACCACUCGGCAUCUGAUACACAGGGAGAAUCGUCUAUUUUUCGAAAACUUGACAUUAUUUUCGCCGAUCUUCUAUCGAGUUUGCAGAUUAGCAAUUGUAGCGCAAUUGUGCGUGAUAAUGCAAUCCUGGAGUUUGUAGAACUACUAGGAAAGUACCCUCUUCUCACGCAUUCAUUUGUUCCGUUCGUGGAGGACAAGCUAAGGGUCUUGGAUCAUGAUGCAGUCGAUGAGGCCCAGGAGGCUUUCAGCUCUGCCCUUAAGAGAUACCGCUAUUUUAGUGAGAGCAUUGUAAGGAUGGAUCAGAGCAUAGUUGCAGACUUUUCUGACCUUGUUGAAAUUACUGAGGCCGAUAACGCUAGAGAGUGUAUCGCUCUUAUCCCGGGGCUCACAGUGUUUUCUACUGCGAGUCCAGGUGUUGUGGCCAUAAUCUAUAACUUCUUGCAGUCAAUACAUGCGCUCAAAGAGGGUCUCUAUUUCUCUGUCAAGCCCGAAGGCAGUGAGGUGCACUCCAGCUCCAGGGAGCUCAGUGGUAUCAUGGCCUACACUGAUUCCCUCAAGUCCCUGUUCUCUACGUCCAUCGACGGUACAUUCUUUGACAAGACUCUCUUCCACUUUGCAUGGUUUUUGUUGAAAGACUAUGACGCUAACGUUGAAGAAAGGGUUGUUAAGGUAAUGCCACCAAAAUUGGCCUUGUUGUUUCUAGAAACGAUCGUGUUGGCUGGGCAGUACGUUUUUGUUAUUCUACAAGAAUUGGAAGGCUCGACGGUCACAGACACCCUACAGACGCUUUGUGAAAAGGUUGUGUUUACGAUGGAUAACAAUAUUGACUUAUUGUCCUUGUCCACAACUACUCACAAGGUGCUACUGUCGGUGCUCCUGAACUUGUUGGACAGCGAUAAUUUUCAAAGUGGAUCCGAGGACGUGUUCGGCAUCACCUCUGCAACAUACGUGCUCAUUUGUGAUGUCCUAUCUUAUAAAGAGCCUAUUUCCAACUAUGGGCGGUUUCUUCGAACCGUACUGCAUUCUUUUUACACGACACCGAGCAUUGUAACUGCGGCUAAGGAAAGCUGCAGCUGGCAGAAGGAGUUAUUGGACCUACUGCAGAGCCUUUAUAACAUGGGAACCAUGUAUUGUCUCGAUAUUCGAUUCGAACAGAUUUUGUCCAGAGAAAAUGGGUCGGCCUCCACCGCCGACGUCUCCUUUGGACAGAUACAGGCCUUACUGAUUAAAAUGACAAAUGACUUUGGCAUCUCUUGCUCACUGCUGGCAACACGUGAACUGUUCUCCUAUCGCCAGGAAUUCGAUCUAGACAGAUGGAUGGUAAAGCGUCGAAUCGUAAAAUACCCAAGACCCCAUAGAACACGUGAGUUGUUUCUAGAUAAGCAUCCAUACAUUCAAUCCACAAUCCGCAUGUUGGACACAAAUUCUGCCUACGGAGGCAGGAACAGCAUAUUCAGAAGCAAAGUACAAGCACGCCCAUUCACUGAAAAAGAAAAAGAAAGCAAGACGCCCGAUUCGUCCGAUAGUCAGGAGCCCGCCUCCCAUCCUACAGAGGAUCAUUCAGGGUCAUUUAAAGAAGACAUUAGUACUGCUGACUCCAGUGAUAACUCCAACGAUAAGGUAAUAGAGCCGGAGAUUAAGACGAUACCCGUCAAGAUGGAUGCAGCAGAGCUAUUUGCACCUCCCAGAGAAGAGCAGACUAUGCAAACAAUCCUUUUGAACGUAUAUUCUAACUAUGGGCUACGGCCACGAGACCUAGUUACCAUGAGUGUUCUGCCAGGCGAGCGCCUUGUUGCUCUAGACAGCUCACGUAUUGUGAAGUAUGUCCCAGACUCUGACAAUUUUGCCUUUAUCUGUUAUCUUGUCAAGCAGCUUUUAACCGCAGAAGACAUCACAGCCUCAGCACUUUCAGGGGGUCGAGUCUGUGAAACUGUACGAUUAUCUCUGGGUCAGGUGGAUGCAUCCGAAGCCCAAAUGCAUGAACUAUUGAACUUUCUACUUCUCCGGGGGAGCAAGUUGAGCCUUCAUUUGGCUAACUCCUCUGUCCCCUGUGCCCUCUUUGCAACGCUCACUCAGAUGAUCCUCAAUCCCUCGCACUGUAAGAACAUGGGCCAUGGUCUAUUUGCAGAGGGAACGGAGCUAUGUAUAAAAGAGUCCAGGGUCCCUCUCUCCCUUCUCUUCGUCUUUCUAACCGGAGUUGGAUCGCUGUGUAGAAGGACUGAAGUGUCUAUAUCCCAGUGUACAAGUGUGCCAGACAGUAAAGGGGUUUUAUCUGGCGAGAUUCAGACAGCUCAUGCUCUCCCAGAGGGUGCCACGCUCACCUUUCUGGACCUCACGGGCACCGAUUUACGGGAUGUGAACUUUUGCACGAUUAGGUCAACCCUCGCCAUUGAGAAGCUUUACUUGAAUGGGGCGAUCUUCUCGCCUACUUUGUUUUCUGCCCUGAUAGCUUGCUCCAUCAACGUUGCGGAGAUUCAUAUGAAAAGCAUCUCUCUCGAUUGCUUUAAAAUAGCUUCUAGAAUUAAUUAUGAAGAUAUACCUGGAUUGAAGACGAUUGAGGUAUCUUCUGUGGACCGUGAGGGCUCUCUUCCUUACCGUCCUGUUUUUGAGACAUUCAGAAGUUUCGGAAUAGAGGUGCGCCUCAGUGAUUAG